AAACUCCAUCUUUUUAUCCACGCAUUGGGGGUAUCGAGGAGGAGAGUGGGAGCGAGAGCGAGAGCGAGAGCGAGAGAAGCAGCGAUGCCGUGCUUGAAUCUCUCGACGAACGUGAGCGUGGAGGGGAUCGAUACCUCCUCCAUCCUUUCCGAGGCGUCCAAGACUGUCGCCAAGCUCAUCGGCAAGCCGGAAGCUUAUGUGAUGAUAGUGCUGAAGGGGUCUGUGCCAAUGUCAUUUGGAGGAACUCAGGAGCCUGCUGCUUAUGGUGAACUUGUUUCAAUUGGGGGACUCACCCCUGAUGUCAACAAAAAACUGAGUGCUGCGAUAGCUGCUAUUCUGGAGACAAAGUUGUCUGUUCCCAAGUCUCGUUUCUUUCUGAAAUUCUACGACACUAAGGGCUCAAACUUUGGGUGGAAUGGAGGCACUUUCUAGCUUAUGCAUUCAGCUGUUAUAUAAUUUGGAUCUUCGGGGGGCAUAUGUUAAAUUGAAAUCAGUGUUUUACAUUCUGGUAAUAUACUGUUGCUGGUUGUUCGCUCUCGGUGUGAACAAGAAAGACUUCAUUCUACGCAUGCCCUUUCUGUUGUAGUUGUAUGGUGGCAAAAUGUAUGACAUCUGCAUAUUUUGAUAUGAACUAAUGCAAUGCAUGAACGUAUGCAUUUUUAAGACUCAAGUUAGUCAUGUUCCCUUGUGCAAAACAAUGUGUUUGGGUUCUGGAAGGAAUGCCUUGCCUAUUCUAGACCAUAAA